GAAAAAUCAAAAUUAUCUCCUCUUGUCUGUCGAAUUAGGGUUUUCUUUUUCUCCGCCGCCGAUGUCUCCGCCGACCAAGAGGAAGGUGGAGUUGGUCUUGGAUGAUGGCCAAGAUUAUGACGAAGCGUACGAGUCUUGGAGAUUGUCGGAAAUUAGGAGGGAGAAGCGGCUGCGGGAGGAGCGCGCCGAGGGGGCCAAGACGAUGUUCGAGUUUUUUAGGCGUUUCUAUGUUAUGUUGUACCACCUUGCACAGCAGUGUGAGGGUGUCGAUCGUGUAUGAGUGGAUUGUCUCUCUCUAAUUUGAAAGGGA